AAGUUAAAAGGUAUGAAAAAGAGCAGGAAUUUAGAAUGUGCUAUUAUCAUGUGGAAAAGUCUAAGAAUAGUGAUAUUCGAAGAUGUACGUUAGUUUGUGAACACUUUGGCCAACCUGAAAUAACGAAAAGCAAGGAUCCAAAAAAAGAAACUACGUCUAAGCAUAUUGGAUUUGAUGAGCAUAAAAAUCAUGACCUUGACCUAUUGCAUUACAAUUUUCAGGAAAAUAUAGAGUUUACUACAGAGAUGAUUCAGAAUGUUGAAUUUUAUGUAAAAACUAUGAAUUGUAGUCCUCAGCAAGUUUGCAAAGCUUUGGAGGAAAAAUAUUUCAUCAAGAUCUAUAUGCCAGUACUACACCGAGUGAUUCAACAGUUUCGUCCUAAACUACAUGAUCAAAAAAAUGAUGUUAGCAAAUUGUAUGAAAAAUUGCUAAAUAAGAAGGAGGCUGAUCCCUGGUGGUAUGUUCAGGUUGAUUGGAAUCCAAACAGCAAGUGUCUUAGACGAUUGUUCUAUAUGUCUCCAGAUCAAAUUGAACGAUGGUUAGAAUAUUGUGACGUUGUUCUGAAUAACAAUACUAGUGCUACUAAUCAUUAUGAAAUAGCAUUGUCACUUUUUUUGGUGGUUGACAACCAUUUGUCUUCCAGGUUAGUGGCACAGGCAUUGACAGACGAUGAAACCAAAGAGACGCAUAGUUGGAUAUUACAACAAAUUAAGAAAGCAACACAUGAUGCUAUUCCACAGGUUAUUUUUACUGACGCCGAUCCCGCUCUAGUUGCUGCUAUACGAGAUGAAUUUCCUACUACAAAUGCACUUUAUUGUAUGUUUCACAUUGCACAGAAUAUUGCUUUCAAUCUCAAAAAUCAUCUAAAAGACCAAUAUGAUAAGUUUGUCAAAAAUUUCUUUAAAGUGCAGCAAAUCGGAUUUCGGCUUUACAAUAAUAAAGAAUCAUGGGCCAAAGCAUUCGUACUCAAACUAUUUACAGCGGGAAUGUUAUCGACAUCUCAAGUUGAAAGCUAUAAUUCAAAAAUUAAAAGGCUAAUUUUUAAUUCUAAUACAACAAUAUUAGAGCUUGUAGACAAGUUAACAGCUUGCAUUCUUGAGGAAGAUAAAAAAACAGAUUAUGCUUUAUUUUGUGCAUCAAUUCCUAAAGCUGCCUUAGUUGCGACAACUAGUACUAUUCUUCCAAAUAUUCAGGAGGAUCAAAUAAAACAAUCACUGCAAUAUCAUGCUGUAAUAGUAACACAAAGUGAAUUACAAAGAUAUCAUGCAAUCAAUUUUAAUGAUCCUGCCAUAUUUGAAAACCAAAAUUAUACUGAUAUUAUUGCCAAAGCGAUGCUGAAUCUU